UGUAAUAGUGUUCAACACUAAAAGUUAUAAAAUGUAUACCGCACUGUAUUCAUCGGAUAGUAUUUUAAAAGACCAAACGCAAGGGAAAAUGUUUCAGAAAGCACCUAAAUACCAAGAAGUUUCUCUCUCGGACUCUGACAUAGUGUCAUACGGCACAAUGUCCAAGUACGAGGUGGCGGACAACGCAGCGGGUGAGAAAGAGCAACUGGAGGAGACAGGGCAGUCGACGGGACGGAAUGUCUUGGCGUAUUGGAGGAGCUACAUCAUUCUUCUGACGCCACUAGUACUCCUACCAUUUCCUAUAAUAUGGCAGUCAUCAAUAAUGCGGUGUGCUUACAUGAUGGCUGUGAUGGCCGUCUACUGGGUGACAGAAGCGCUCCCACUUGCGGUGACAUCACUGAUACCAGUCAUCGCAGCACCAUUGCUUGACAUCAUGCCCUCAUCGAAGGUCUGCCACCUUUAUACCAAUGACACCAUCAUGUUAUUCAUUGGCGGGCUGAUGGUGGCUGUCUGCGUGGAGCACUGGAACCUCCACAAACGGAUUGCUCUCGGGGUUCUCCUCCUUGUUGGAUCAACCCCUCAAUGGGUUAUGCUUGGUUUCAUGGCGUCCACUUGGUUCCUAUCCAUGUGGAUCAGUAACACGGCAACUACAGCCAUGAUGAUCCCCAUAGUCACUACCGUGGUUACCGAGAUGAGAAAAGGCGAAGAAAGCCCUGAUGCAAGUCUUAUCGAUGAGGAAAUCGACGAGGGAGAAAUAGCUUUAGAGAACCGAGGUUACGCGCCUGAUGAAGAAGAGAACAGCACCGUCCAAGCUCCAGAAAGUAGCAAGAAAGUUGAUCAAUACGUGCAGAUCAGCAAAAUGAUGAGUCUCAGUGUGUGUUAUGCGGCGAACUGUGGCGGCAUCGCGACGCUCACAGGGACACCGCCGAAUCUUGUCCUCAAGGGACAACUUGAUGUGUUGUUCGGUGACGAACAUGGCAUCAGCUUUAGCUCUUGGAUGGCCUUUGGCUUCCCUGUGUCCAUAAUCUCACUCCUUUUUGGCUGGAUGUGGUUGCUUGUCUUAUUCAUUGGAUGCAGGGGGACGUUCUUGAAUUGCUGCAAAAGGAAAUCUGGAUCAGCCGUCAAAGCCAUAUUCAGAGCGGAAUAUAAAAAGCUUGGUCGAUGGAGUUCGGCGGAGAUUACGGUCCUCACCCUCUUUAUUAUCCUGGCAUUGUUGUGGUUUUUCAAAUCGCCGGGAUUUCCUGGAUGGGCAUCCAUUUUCGAACACCCCGAUCCGGUUGACGAAUGCAAGACGAUACGAUACGUCUCUGAUGCAACUGCUGCAAUCGGGGUGGCAAUCAUUCUUUUCAUGAUUCCCUCACAACUCCCAAAUUGUCGUGAUAAAUAUUUGAAAGCGCCAGUCCCAAAUCUCCUGAAUUGGGAGAUCAUCACCCAUAAACUUCCAUGGAACAUUGUCCUCCUUCUUGGCGGUGGAUUUGCUUUAGCUGAAUCGUCCAAGGUGUCUGGACUCUCCGCCUGGGUUGGCCAACAGCUCCAGGCCCUUGAAGUGUUACCAACCCCAGUGAUUGUCCUUCUCAUCAGCACUAUCAUUGCCUGCCUGACAGAGGUGACCAGCAAUACAGCUACUGCUUCACUCAUGUUAGGCAUAGUAGCAGAACUGGCAAAAAAUCUCGGCCUGAACCCACUCAUUCUCAUGUUGCCAACAACAGUGUCGGCAUCCUUCGCUUUCAUGUUGCCAGUAGCAACACCACCAAAUGCUAUUGUGUUUGCCUAUGGAAAUAUCCGCAUCAAAGAUAUGAUGAUUGCUGGCAUCGUCAUGAAUAUAUUCUGCAUUCUGCUUGUAACGCUGGGCGUCAACACCUGGGGCAUGGCAUACUUUCACCUGGACAAAUUUCCUGCAUGGGCGAAUGGGACAGUGGCACCAAUCAACUGCACAAGCAGGGUAUGAAAAAGGAAUAGGCCGAUAGGAAAAAAGUGAACCGACUGAUUUUCGUAGCCCCACAUGCCGGCUUCACUACUGUUCUUCCAUCUUCCUAUUUUGAACCCUUUCACUGCAGGUGACAUGCUAUGCAUUUCCUGCACAUGUCCCCAUGACAGGCAUGCGACGUGCACAGCAAGUCAUGCCCUACAUACUAAUAUUUCAAUGUACAAAUCGCCCUUUACAACUUACAUUUAUAAAUAAUUGUUUGCUUUAUUAGCAUUAUAAGAAACCUACCAUGUAAUGAAUAACCAGUUUAUAUGACUCUAUUUUUG